UACACUGCCAGCAGCCAAUAGGAAGAACAGCAACGACACCAGCCAUGGCGUCCUCUCGCGUCCUCCAACAGAUCGCACUUCUUCUCCUGGUAGCUGCCGCUGCCACCGACGCGGCCACCAUCACCGUCGUGAACAAGUGCUCAUACACAGUCUGGCCUGCCGCGCUCCCGGGCGGCGGCGUGCGGCUCGACCCGGGCCAGACGUGGCCUCUCACCAUGCCGGCCGGCACCGCGGCCGCCAGGGUGUGGCCGCGCACGGGGUGCACCUUCAACGGCAGCGGCGUUGGCCGCUGCAUCACCGGCGACUGCGCCAGCAAGCUGGCCUGCGCCGUCUCCGGCGAGCAGCCGACAACAAUUGCAGAGUACACGCUGGGGAAGGACGGGGCCCCGGACUUCUUCGACCUGUCCCUCGUCGACGGGUUCAACGUGCCGAUGAGGUUCCAGCCCCUAGACGGCGCUCCGUGCCGUUCCGCCAGCUGCGCCGUGGACAUCACGAAGGAGUGCCUGCCGGAGCUGCGGGUCGACGGAGGGUGCGCUAGCGCGUGCGGCAAGUUCGGCGGCGACACCUACUGCUGCAGGGGCCAGUUCACGGACAACUGCCCGCCGACCAAGUACUCGCAGUUCUUCAAGGGGAAGUGCCCCGAAGCAUACAGCUACGCCAAGGACGACCAAACCAGCACAUUCACCUGCCCGACCGGAACCAACUACCAGAUCGUGCUCUGCCCUUAGAUAGAUGAUACCGAUAAACAACUUAGCAUGUAGUCCUAUGCAAUGUAGCAUCGAUCAUUUGUAUUGUAUGUGAUGUGCAACAUAGCAUGCACAUGGCUGUAUCUCGAUCAGUAAACGCAAAGUAGCAUCUGUGAUUCUCAGGGAAAUUCA